AUGAAGAUAGGCAAAGCUUUAGCGAAAGGAUACAAACCAUCAAAAGGACCUCAAGCUAGUAUUUAACCUUAAAAUUCAAAAGGAGUCAAUGUAUCAAACCAAUCAGUCAAAUCAGGAAAUUCAUCAUUUUCAUUAAACAAUAGCAAUAAUGCAAAUGCAAGAAACUAGUAAAUUUACUAGUAAAAUCAACCAAUAAAUAACAAUUAAAAUUAAUAAAAUAACUCACAUCAAAGAUAAAAGUCUCUUUAGGGAUAGCCAGUCGUGAAUAACUAGUUUUAUCUCAAUCUCUAAAACUUGUAAAAUUAGCAGUAGCAAACUUAAAAAACUGGAUAGUAAGCAUUAUAUUCGACAGGGUUCAGAAAUUAAUACUAAAACAAUAUGAGGAGUAAUUCUAGAGACAAGAAAUCAUCAAAUAGUAACUAUGUCACUAAAAGUCCUCAGAGCUAUAGCUCAGUCACAAGUUAUAGCAUGAAAUCUAAAUCAGCUGUCAAAAAUUCUGCAAUCUAAAAUAAAAGGGCUGCUGCUAAUUAGAGUCACUUAAGUAAUGGCAAUGUAAUUGUUGAAGAGGAUAAUAAUAAUCUUGACUCGACUUUUUAACAUGCUAUUGUCCAGGAAAAUGAAGACAUUAAGUUAUAGCUACAUCAAUUGAGAUUGAAAAAUGCAGAGCAUAGAAAUGAAAUAAAUAAAUUAAAAAGAGAAAACGGAGAGCUUAUUAAUCAUAACAACAUUUUAGAAGAAAGGAGCAAGUAAUCCGAAAAGUAAAGAAAGAAGGAUGGUGAUUAUAUUCUAAAAUAAGAAAAUGAAAUAGAAAAGUUUAUUGAAAAUAAGAUCUAAUAGCAGAAUUUAGCAAAGGUUUAAGAAGAGUAAAUUAGCAAUCUGAAAAAUAUGCUGAAUUAAACAAUUAACGUAAAGAUCAAAUAUGAAAACAUCAUAAAGCGCUUGGUAGAAAAUGAGAAAAGUAGAGACUUAGUUUUACUUGCGAUAGAACAAGUACAAUCAUAAAACAGUUAGCUGUAGUAGCCCUAUGAUUAAACCUAAAUAAUAAACUCUAAUUCAUUUCUUAACAAUUCAAUGGUUGGCUUCUCGGGCAAAAUGAUGGGUUCCAAUAAUUUAAGUAGCAUGAAUUAAACAUAAAAUGUUUCAUAAAUUUUGGCUCAUGCAGCAGCUAGAGUUCUUGGUAAACCUUAAGGGUUCAAUAAAAAUUUGGAGAACUUAAAACCUCAAGAAAUAGAUUAUGAAGAUGAUCAAGAGUACGAAUAUGACUAGGAGGAUAUAUUAAAUCAGUAGGAUUAAAUGAUUCAUUAGCAAGAGUAAUAAUAGUUCAGUAUAGAUUAAUCUUCUAUAAAUGCUCACGGAUAGAAAAAUAAUAAAUUUUAUUAGGAGCAAGAGUUCGGAUAGGCAUCGUUUUAGGAUAGCAAUAGUUUUGACUAGAGGAAAGAUUUUUUUGUCAACAAAAAUAACUCUACCAAUUCUUAAAACUAAGUGGUGAAGUAGUUGAAACUUGUUGAUAUGACACUCUGA